ACAAGUGCCAAUUAGUAAGUGGCAAAACGCUCAAGCUGUUAACCAAAAUCUAGCCAAAAAUUGUUGAUAAAUUUGUCUGUCAGCAUCUAAGUUGUCAUUGCUGUUACAGUACUAUAUAUUGUACAUAUAUAAUUUCUAUUUUCGGGGCUUGGCAAAACAUAUUGAGAACCCCUGUCAUUACGGAGAUCAAAAAUAGAACAGUUUUAAAUUAAAUUAAAAAUUAAAAAUUGAGUAAUAUAUAAGUAUGUACAUAUGUAAUUGUUUCAUACACUAAAGUGUAUGAAUACAUUUUACGACUAGUAGCUUGACAUUACAUAAAUAUUCAAAUUAUGUGUGUCAAAUGUAUUUUCCAAGUUAAUUAAAUCAUUUUAGCAUGAAAAGAUAUACAAAGUUACACCUUCAUCGUGACAUAAUAGAGGAUAAACAAAAGAUUCGUGAAUCUAUUUUUCGUAAUGAAAAAAUUGUAUACGAUUAUUAAAAUUCUUACAAAAGAAUGUUUCUGCACCUGACGUUACAGGAUAGGAAUGAAGAAAUGACCGAAUGUUAGUAGUGCAUAAGAUUAAAAUUUAUAUAAUUUUAAUAUAAAGAAACAAAUCGUUCUAGUUUCUGUGAUAAAUACUGAAUGGGCUAUUUAUAUUGUACAUAUUGUUAAAUAUUCUGCAAGUAUGAAUCCAAUGUUUAAAAUACUCUUGUCCUACUGCUGGGGAAAUAUGUAUUUAAUAAUUGGGCUAAGCAUGGGCUUAAGCCUCAGUAUGAUGUCAAUGACUAUCGAUAUGGAUGAAUAUGACAUUAAUGCAGAUCAUCAAAUGCCUUAUUCGAAUUAUCCAGAUGACUUAGAUGAAUAUGAACCAAAGAUAAAUAUCAAUAGUAAACCACAACAGGCACAAAGAGUACCAAAAACACUGAUACGUCCAAGAUAUUAUUCUACAGAGCUUGGAAUUAGAGAAAAAUUAUUUGUAGGAGUGAUCACAAGUCAACAACAUUUGCAUAGUAGAGAUAUAGCAAUUAAUAAAACAGUGGCCCAUAUCGUGGAUAAAAUACGUUACUUCAUUUCUAUACCAGAGGGAACCAAGCCUAAUGUUAGCCUUCCUGGUAUAGUUGGGUUCACAGACACCAGGAGUAUUUUGAAACCAUUCCACACUAUGAAAUAUAUAAUUGACAAUUAUCUAGAAAAUUAUGAUUACUAUUUCUUGAUUAAAGAUGUAAGCUACAUCAAUGCCAAGAAAUUAGUUGAAUUUGUUACCAAGAUCAGUGUAAGUCAAAAGGUUCAUAUGGGUGUUCCUGGAAACAUUCAAAGCUAUUGUUCUUUAGAGUCAGGAAUACUCUUGAGUAAUUCAGUGGUACAAGAAUUAAAAAACAAUUUGGACUGGUGCGUGAAGAAUGCUUAUUCUGAUUCAGACAAUGUUAAUUUUGGUCGAUGUGUUGUUCACUCUUCGUCAAUGGUUUGUUCUGAUCAGACACAAGGACAGCAAUACCAAUUUACCCAGCUGAAACCCACAUUUUUAUUCAAACAAAACUUUAAGGAUCUAGCUGAAAAUGAGGAGUUUUUAAAUUCAUUUGUAAUAUACCCAAUAUAUGAUCAUCUGCUUAUUUACAAAUUCAACACUUAUUUUGCAGCGAUGAAAUCCAUUGAAAUUCAGAGGCAAAUCUCCGACAUCAGAAAAUCGAUUUCAGAUACAGCAUAUUUGGGCCCGUCACAGGAUCACAAUGUUUCUUGGCCCAUUGGCAAUCAACCAGGGAACAAAGCAUCCAGUCGUUUCGAUAUUUUACGAUGGACAUGCUUUAAUGAAACUCACAUGUUCUUCGAAACUGAUUUUUCAACCGUGCAGAGAUUGAAAGCUAAUGCAAAGUUUGAUAUCGACCGAAUAAUUAACGUAACAGCCUCCAAUGUUAUCGACAACUCUCGACAAGAAUUGAAAUUCAAAAAAUUACUAAACGGAUACCAAAAGUUUGACGCAUCCCGAGGAAUGGAUUACAUAUUAGACAUAGCGUUCACCAACAUAAUUACUGGUAAAGAAAUAAGAAAACGAAUCGAAAUUUGCAAGCCUCUUGGCAAAGUUGAGAUUCUGCCUGUUCCAUAUGUGACAGAAAAUACAAGAGUGAAUGUAUUAUUGAUUGUUGAUUCGUCAAAGAAGCAGGCUGCAUUAAAUUUUCUCGAACAAUAUGCCAUAGACUGUAUAGAAAAAAAGUACAAAACUUUUUUGAUGAUGGCUCUUUUAUACAAUUUUGGUACCACAUCGAAAGGCAAAGAAGAUGUGUUUCAUGACGUUAAACAAUACGCGCUAAUGCUGGCUGAAAAGUACAAAAAAAGUCAGUCGAAAAUAACUUGGCUUUCUAUUCGUUUACCAAGUAAUGUAACAUCUAUUGACUUGGAUCCAAUGUUAAAUAUUGCUGUCACAGAUUUAUGUAUUCGAAAGUUUUCACCAGAGAGUUUGAUACUAUUCACUGAGACAGGAACACAACUGCGGUUGGAUUAUUUAAAUAGAAUUCGUAUGAAUACAAUCAGUCAGUAUCAAAUAUUUAGUCCGAUACCGUUUGUGGAGUUUCAACCUGACAUAGUUCACAUAAACAAUGCGAAACACGUUGAUACCGACAUCAAUCGUAAUCAUGGAAGAUACGAUGAUUACAAUUAUAAUAAUAUUGCGUUUUACGUCAGAGAUUACAAUACAAUGCGGAGAAUGGUCGAGACUAGCAUUCCAAUAACACACUCCGAUAGGGACAUUCCACCUCUCUUAAAACUAUCUCACGAUCUACCUGUUACAUCUCUCUACGAAAUGUUUGUUUCCUUCAGUAAUGCACAUAUAUUGAGGGCAGUGGAGCCAGCCUUAAAAGUCAAAUAUAAAGACAUUGACUGCAGUAAUGCCUACAGUAAUAUGUACAAAGUUUGCGACCGGUCAAGGAUUUUCCAUUUGGGACGACGUAGUCAGCUCGCAAGAUUGAUAUUAGAUUACCAAAUUUAUAAGAAUAAUUUGUAUCAGUCGUAAAUUAUUCUUUUUUCUUUUUAAUUAAUGUAUAAAAGUCUUCAUUUACAUGAGCACAAUGAAAGCUUGUUAUUAUCGGAUUAAAAAAUGACAGUAAUCUCUAUAGUACAAAAACGUGGUAACGCGAGGAAACGUUGUCAAUCAAUUAUUGAUAUAACUAAUUGUAUUUGCAUAUAAUACGAUUCGUAUUAUGAAGAAUACUUUAUUAAAUUUAUACAAUUUCGUAUAAAUAAAUAUUUUACGAAGAAUAAAAUCGUUUAUCAAUUUUGUGUAUACGUCAUAUACUACGACAUUUUCCAUGCUAAGACGAAAUUUUAUGCAUAGAAUCAAUCGGAUGUACCAUAUAUAACAUUCAGAUAUCAGCAGCGUUCGGAAAACAAUACAAAAAUCAAUUUCAACAAAUUAAACAAUUGAGAAUACUUUUGCCACUUUUCUAGGAAGUGCGUAAAAAGUUUUGGCAAGAUUUCUACCUUCGAAAUAUAUAAGAAAAUAAAGAUCAAAACAUUACACUAAAUAUUAGUCAAUAAUAAUUGUACAAUCCCUAAUACCUUAUAAAUAAAUGUACAUACAUAACA